UGAUCGACGCACGUGAAGGCGUCAAUGAAGAAUCAAAACACAGACCGUAUUCGCGUUUUAUGUGUAUUAUUAUCAGUGUACGAGCAAAAAUGAACACGGAUUCAAGAUAAGUUUGUGUUGUGUUAGUUUCUGUUUGAGAGAUGAGUGGGCCACGGAGGUCCUGUAAAGAAGAGUCCGGGUCCGAAUCAAAGCGGCUCUGCACGCGAGUCCCUCCGGAGAUGAGAGCACGUGACUGCGGUCAGCCAACAGAGGGCAGCAGCAGCCAUGAAGUGUCUGUAAUCAUGCCGGUGUAUAACGCCUCUGAAUGGCUGGAUGAGUGUUUGCAGGCGAUACUCCAGCAGGAUUUCGAGGGCAGUAUGGAGCUUUCUGUGUAUGAUGACGGCAGUUCGGAUAACUCUAGAGAAAUCAUUGAAAGCUGGAGUGAGAAGUUCGAGAAGAGAGGCGUUUCCAUGGUGAUGUCAGGACAUAACUUAGACAGCCCUAAAGGAGUUGGAUUUGCAAAAAACCAGGCAGUGUGUCAGAGCUCUGGACGAUACCUCUGUUUUCAGGACGCGGAUGAUCUCAUGAAACCUCAGAGAGUGAAACUACAACAUCAAACUGCUGUGUUAAACCCCACCACAAUUGUUGGUUGUAAAGUUUGUCGAGUACCUGAAGGCUCCACUGAACGAUACACCAGAUGGAUUAACAGUCUCACACCAGAUCAACUCCUCACACAGGUCUACACCUCUCAUGGGCCAACAGUCAUCAUGCCAACUUGGUUCUGCUCACGUGAUUGGUUCAAGAAAGUCGGUCCGUUUAAUGAAGGAGGAAAGGGAGUUCCAGAAGAUUUGCUGUUCUUCUAUGAGAGUCUUCGUCAUGGAGGUGGUGUGGUCAGAGUAGACGACUGUUUACUGGUUUAUCGAUAUCAUGAAAAUGCCGCAACGCAUUCUGUUCUAGAGGAGACGAUCUGGAGACUCCGUGUGGAAUUCCUGCAGGAGCGAGUGCUCAGCCAAUGGGAAUCAUUCACCAUAUGGAAUGCUGGGAAACAGGGACGAAAACUCUACCGCAGCUUAUCUCCGACCAAUCAGAGGAAGGUGAAGGCGUUCUGUGAUGUCGACCAAAACAAAAUCCAGAAGGGCUUUUACACAUAUGAGGAGUCAAAGGAACGUCCUAAACCCAAGAUUCCCGUAGUGCAUUUCAAAAAUGCAUGUGCUCCAUUUAUAGUUUGUGUGAAACUGGACAUGACUGAUGGAGUUAUGGAGGAGAAUCUGCUGUCCCUGAAGCUUACAGAGGGAAAACAUUAUUACCAUUUCAACUGAACCUAAAACACAAGUGUGUGUGUGUUGUGUGUAUGAGCUGGGAACCUGUUCAUGCUUUACUUCUCAGUAUAUCGGUCUUGAGAGACCUCUCACAUCACUAUUAGCACCUACUUGUAGACACACAUAACCAUACACACAGUGAUGUUUGUUUGCAUUCCUAAUGCCCCAUGUCGCCCUCUUUUCUGGAUGACCUGUCUUACAGACUUCAGGCUUUUUCCCGCAGCCCUGCUUGGUUAUCUCAGAACAAUCUGCCUAAAAGCGUCUGUAACACAGAGAAAGAAUCGUUUUAAUGUGUGCACUCCUUAAAUGAAGUAUUUUUUCUUCAAGUUACAAGCAAUGGGAUUUCAGGCAAAUAAGAAAAAAAAGUUUCUUACAGUGAAGACUUGUUUAAUAUUGGGCAAUCAUAGUUAACAGGUAAGAUAAGACAGAUGUGGGCACUGGGUAACUUAAGUUCAUCUUCUUGUAACUCAUUUAGUAUAGCUUUGCAUUAGCUGCACAAAAAGGCACAGGUUCGAUCCCAGAAAACACAAAUUUCCGAUAAAAAUGCGUACCUUGGAAGUCGCUGUGGAUCUAUUUAAGCAGGCUCUUUUUAUAUUUUCUCUGGUUAAACAGUUUGACUGAUUUAGAUUAGAUUUUGUCGAAUCCGUGCAUUUCAUGGAAUUCUGCAUGUGUAGAAUCCAUGUGCACUGACUGAUGUUAAAGGGGUCAUGUUAUGAGAUGUUUUUUGUAAAAUAAGUCGUUGGUGUCUUUUGUUUUUAGCUCAAAAUGACCCACAGACAACUUAUUACAGCAUGUUAAAAUUGCCAUUUUUUAGGUGAAAGCAAUUAUAAGUGUCCUUUAAAAUGCAAAUGAGCUGAUGAAAUGCAACUCUGAUCACAAUGAUGGUGGUUUGUUAAAAUUGAAACUCAAUUGUGCUGUCAAUAAUUUUUUUUCUCUCUUUCUCUCUGCACUAAAUGGCAGUGCCGUGGUUGGAUAGUGCAGAUUAAGGGACGAUAUUAUUGUAAUUGGUCGUGCUACCUACCUCACAAAACAGGCUUAAUUUAAAUGACCUAAUUUUUCAGAUGUUUGCAGAGAAUAAUUUACCAAAACUAUGGGUUUUUCAUUUUCACGUUUUCUAGGUUGUUAGAAGAACUGGGGACCCAAUUAUAGCACUUGAACCCUUAAAAAGUCACAUUUUUAGCCAGACCCCUUUAAGUCAGGUUGCCUGUAAAUGUGGUAAUUUCAGAUAGUUUAAAGUCAGAAGCAUUUUGACUGAAUCAGGUUGGCUUUACCUAUGUCAUUUUAAUGUUGAACUUGGUUAGAAAAUAUGUUUUAAAGAAACAACUGCACUGUUUGUACAGUGUGGGAUGAAUCUUAUGAGAUAUUUUGUUUCAGUAUUCUGCUCAUUUCUUUUAAAUGCUCAGAGACAUUAUUAGAGUAUUUAUUAUGUGUGUAUUGUUUUAUAACUUGCUAAGUAAUUGCAGGUUAAUUCAUGCCAGACUCUGAUUGGAGCUCUUUUUAGAAAGGGGGGGGGAGAGAUUGGAAUGUGUGUGUGUGCUUUAUGAAAACAUUAUCUGAGGUCAGCGGGCACGUUCCUCUUUGUGUGUGUGUUUGCGUUUUUGUGUGUCUGUUUGUGUGUUGAGCCUGUCAUCAGUCUUGACGUGUCUCAGGUGAUGAAGCGUGUUGUGUGUGCAUUUCAGAGGGGGAUCAGGUCAGAGGUCACGACCUGUAAAUAUUUAGGAUGGUGUAGAGAUGAAGGCUCGAUCAUUACACGUGUCAGUGAAACAUGUCUGUACAUAGAUCACAGACUCUCCUCCUGACGCACAUCACACCUUUUAUGUUUUUUGUAUUAAAUUAUGCGUGCACAUUACACAUAUACAACAUUACAAUAAUAUUGCCCUAUUGCGGUCCUUAUACAUUUACUGUUCUUAUAUUUUUAUAUUCAGCAUGAUGAUGUUUUUUAUAAUUUUUAUUUAAUGUUUUAUUUUAUUUGAUCUGUCUUGUGUUGUGUAAGGAGCUCUGCACAGAAGCAACUGAUAUAAGUGUUUAUAGAGCUAAACAUAUACGCACACAAAUACUGUUGGUAUCAGAUGAUAAUACAAUGAUACUUUUGUAGUAAAUGCUUAACAUGUUAUUAUACUGUAAUAUUACUGUGGUACAUAAAUAUAAUUAAAGAUAAAUUCUGGAUUACUACCAUAGUUAAUGUAAAAAAUGUGGUUUCCAUAUACUUGUUUAAAAAUGCAAAUACCAGUAAACCAAAUAGUUUUAUAAGAGUUUAUAUUCAUCUACCAUGUACUAUUAUUGCAAUGUAUUUUUGGGCAUGGUAGCACACUACCAUGUGUUUUAUUAUAAAGAG